GUGGUUGGUGACUCGCUCUCUUUCUCAGGUCCGAGUUCUGCAAGGUGUUCCAGCUCUGGUGCAACUUUUCUCCAGCGACAACCAGGAAGUGAAGCGUUACGCUACCGCCGCCACGAGGAACCUCAUCUACGAGAGCGCCGAGAACAAGGUGGCUCUCAUCGACGCCGGCGGGCUGACACCUCUCAUUAGCCUCCUGAACGAACCCGACGAGGAGCUGCGAAAGACCAUCACAGGCGUCCUGUGGAAUCUCUCCUCCAGAGAUAACCUGAAGGAGAAGCUGUCCCGGGAGGCGUUACCUGUGCUGACACAGAAAGUUCUGAUUCCUCUGUGCAGGAGCGUCCCGCUAAGUCCAUCAGAGAGAGACAUCUUUAACAGCACCACCGGCUGCCUCAGUCUUUCCUGUCUGCGUGUUCAGGGUUUGGAGAACUCCCUGUGCGUGAUGAGAAAUCUGUCCUAUCAGCUGUACUCGGAGCUUCCCCCCUCAGUCCAGCUCCGCCUCGAGGGCCCGUCGAGAGCUUCUGCCAACAGAGAGAUCGAGACCAUCGGCUGCUUCACUCUGUACAGCAAGAAGAACGUGGAGGUACGAGCAGGAGGAGAGGGUGCUGGUGUUAUCCACCCGUGUGCUAAGAACAUGGUGGGGCUUCUGGUGUCCAAGCUUCCCGCAGACGGCCUGCAGACAACGCCAUCCAGCGACGUGGUGGUCAAUCUCUGCGGAGCCCUCAACCACCUGGUCACCUGCAGCUCCUCGGCAGCCCGCGACGUCUGUCACUUCAACGGCAUCCCCAAACUGGUGGGCAUCAAGACGUCCCACGACAGCAGCUCCGGGAGUCAGAAAGCUGCCCGAGCAGCCUCGACCGUCCUCUGCAACAUGUUCCAGUACAAGAAGCUGCACAGAGACUACAGACUGGUGAGUUCAUGUGGAAUCUUCACACGCUUCAUCCAGAACACUCUCUGUUGAUUCACCCGCUAAUUAUUUCCAGCAGCGGGGAGUCGAUUUCGUCACAGUAGAUGUUUUUCUGA